AAGUUAAUGGCUUUUGAUUUUUGGAAAACUAUAUAUUUCUAAUUCAUGACUAGAGGUUACAACAGAGAUAAAUUUUUAAUUUAUGUAACUUUUCAUUAUGCAACACUAAGAUCCCGGAGGGAAGGCCGGGAGGGGCUAAAAUGUCUUCAUACACAAAGUUUCUAAGAUUGUAUUUUCCGAAUGAGUCUUUCUGAGAGUAGUAUUUUAGGGGAACAGUGCCAAGAUAAUUAUACAAUAGAAAAGCCAAGUUAUGUGAUGCGUUAGAGCAGUGCUUCCCAAACUUGAAUGUGAGAGGCAUCACUUGGAGAUCUUGUUAAAAUGGAGACUCUGAUGCAGUAAGGCUGGAGGGAAGCCGGAGACUCUGUAUUUCUAACAAUACAAGUGUUGGGAUGUUACUGGUCCAUCGACCAUAUUCUGAAUAGCAAGAGGUUAGAUGACUUGCAGGACAGACACCUUUUUCUAAACUCUCAUCUCAAUGAUUCAAAAAAUCAAAUGGUCUGGUAUAAGCGAUAAGAAGGGUGAUUUUCUUGAAGGUUCUGAUUUGCUCAUUUGAAUCAUCUACACAACAGACAUCAAAAGGUGAAAAUUAUUCAUAGACCCAUCAUUAAUUGAAAGCAAAUCGGGAAAUGAAAUCAUUUAAGGCAAAAGCAAAACAGUAACACAAAUACCUCAAAUGACUACUGGGGCAAAAUUUUCAAAAUGUUACAAGCUGUCUGCAUGCUUGAAGUAGCAAUUUGCAUGCGUAAUUAGGUGCAAUCAACAGUUUUGAAAUGUAAUAUAUUUUCUGAGUCCAUAUUUACUUAUGACAGAUGCAAAGAAAAAAAUUCAGUGUCCUCAAAAAAAUAGCAGGGCAGAGAAAGUAAAAAUAUUUGCAUAUAACAAUGGGAAUCUUUACAAGCACAUGCCUAAAUUUAGAACAAAUUUAGCUCAACUAUUGUAUCUUUAUUUUGAUGCAAUCUUCAUUUAAGCUUUAAAGAACUUCAGGAACACAUUUUGGAAAUAACAAGCAUGGAAGAAUGAUAACUUACCAGUCAGCUGUUCCAGCUCCUGUGGGAACUGACAUGUAAUUUUUAUUCCUACACUGUAGAAGGGAAAUCUGUCAAAUCCCAAACUUUAUUGCACAAAAUACCAUUGACUUUCUUCCUGCCUUCAGAAGGGGCUUCAUUCUUUGAAGAUACCAAAUAUCUUUUAGAAUAAUUUAUAUAAAAUGAUUAAUUAAACUGCCAAUUUCUUCUUCCUAAAUCAAGGUCAGAUGAGUGCUUAUGGUGAAUUUAUAUCAUCUUACUAUUUUCAGUAUAAUAGGUAGUGAUCACCGAGUGCUCACUAUGCACUAAGGCACUCGGCUAAGCCCUUUACACAGAUAAUCUAAUUUACCAUUAUAAAAAUACUAUAAGAAUUGAUUUAUUACAAUGUACUGGGAGGAAAUAGAGAGUAAGUAACUUUUUUAAAGGCACAUAGCUCUGUAUGUUCUUGGCUGGUGCGUUACUAUAGAGAGAGGGUCAUACUGUCAAUAAGUAUAGUGCAUUUCAGGCUAAAGCAAGCUCAUUUUAUUUUUAACAAGUUCCGAAUUUAGAAAAUGAGCUUAAAUAUACUUUUCAAAAGAAAUUUUGAAAAAAGAGAAUGAGCAUAUUCCAUCCCCAAACUUUUUCUUUCCAAAAGCACGUUCCCAUUGCAUCCAGAUUGGCUGUCUACACUGAUUAAAUGAAAGUGGCAAUUAAUUUCUGUCACACUCACAGGCAGAGUCAGAUUAUGAGAUUGCAUUGAAGGAUGAGCCCUAAUGAUGUGUUUCUGUGUGACUGAAUUUACUGGGGCAGUGGGUCUUGAUAUGUAAAAGUUGUCCUUUAAGUUAAUGCAAAGCAGUCAUGAGAUGAACAAUGCAAUUUUCUAGUUUCAUUAGGCAAAUGUUAUCUGUGAUACAUUGUAUGUUAGGGGAAAAAAGCCACCCUCUGCUAAGAAAUGCAUGAAUAGUUCAUUUAUCUCCUGAUCCAUCUGGGGGCAUUAUGAAACUCAAAGCCCAGAACAAUGGGUUGUAUUUAAUAUUAAAUAGGUCCUUAAUAACCCGCUAUUUCUCUCCCUCGCUGCGGGUAGGUCCCUCCUGGAUGUGCAGAGUUGCAGUAACAGUUCCCGUGAAGUUGUAAGCUACUCCCCAGGACCAAGUGGCGUUACAUUUAUAAGUCAUCCUGAUCACCUGACUGUCGGUGAGCCCCGAUUUCAGAAUUUCCAAGUCUCCCCUUGUCAUCACUAUCUAUCUAUAUUUAUAGACACAGCUCACCGCCUGGCCUGGGGUCACCUCCGGAACCUCCUGGAGCCCUGCCCUGCCGAGGACGCCCUUCCAGCACCGGAGAGCUCGCCGCUUGGGAGCGGCGGCGCCCAGCUGGCGCCCACCCCGGGGUACAUUGCAGUAAAUGCCUGGCAGCGACACCGCGCUUCUGCCUCCGCCUCCCCCAUCGACCCUCCACUGCCAACCUUUACGCCAAACUCGGGCGCGCUGCGAGACUCGCGUCCACGCCAUCCACGCGGGGCCCCACCCCUUCCCGGUGCUAGCCCGCGAUCCGGCCGGAGGCGAGGUGAAUGGGAAGAUGGAGAUGGAUGUUGAGGGAGUUUCUCCGCGCCCGGAGCCCAUCCCCCGCUCCCAGGGGGCUGGCGGAGCCUGCCAGGCGCCGUCACAGCCGCCCCAGCCCCAGCCCCAGCCGCAGCAGCAGCAGCAGCAGCUGGCUCAGGAUGAACUGCCCGGCGAGUGUGCAGGAGCUGAGGACAGCGACGAUCCCGAGGCGAGACCCAACGGCGAGAAAGGAGAGAGCAAGAGAACUGCAGCCAGCAGGUCUUCAGGUGCACCUUCCUACAGCCGAUGGUCCAGCCCGCAGCCGCAUCAGUCUAGCUCCACAGUGAGAGCCUAUCAAACGAGUAAGUCAAGAGUGACCAUGAGCCCCGGCUUCAGCUCCCAGUGGAAUAGCAGCCAACCAGCCUGGAAUACAUACUCCUUUCCAAGAGCAAGCUUGCACUACCAGUCCCAUGCCAGCUACACCUACUGCACUGGACACCCUGCUCAGUCCUAUGCACCAGCUCCCCACCCCAUGGCUCCUCCCAGCCCCAGCACAAACAGCAGCAGCAACCACAGCAGCAACCACAGCAGCGGGGAGCAGCUGAGUAAAACCAACCUGUACAUCCGAGGCCUUCCGCCAGGCACCACUGACCAGGACCUAAUCAAGCUGUGCCAACCGUACGGAAAAAUUGUGUCCACAAAGGCAAUCCUUGACAAAAACACAAAUCAGUGCAAAGGUUACGGUUUUGUGGAUUUCGACAGUCCCGCAGCUGCACAGAAAGCGGUAGCAUCUCUCAAGGCAAAUGGCGUUCAGGCACAGAUGGCCAAGCAACAAGAGCAAGACCCAACAAACCUAUACAUCUCAAAUCUCCCCAUUUCUAUGGAUGAGCAGGAACUUGAGAAUAUGCUGAAACCCUUCGGACAUGUCAUUUCCACAAGAAUACUAAGAGAUGCUAAUGGAGUCAGCAGAGGGGUGGGUUUUGCCAGAAUGGAGUCUACCGAAAAAUGUGAAGUGGUAAUUCAACAUUUUAAUGGAAAAUAUCUGAAAACACCACCAGGCAUCCCAGCCCCUAGUGAGCCUUUACUGUGCAAAUUCGCUGAUGGAGGACAAAAGAAGAGACAGAAUCAAAGCAAAUACACCCAGAAUGGAAGGCCUUGGCCCAGGGAAGGAGAGGCUGGCAUGGCUCUGACCUAUGACCCCACAGCUGCCAUACAGAAUGGAUUUUAUUCUUCACCGUACAGUAUUGCAACCAACCGCAUGAUCCCACAGACAUCUAUCACGCCAUUCAUUGCUGCUUCCCCUGUCUCCACAUACCAGGUCCAGAGUACUUCAUGGAUGCCUCAUCCGCCAUACGUUAUGCAACCAACAGGUGCUGUGAUCACGCCGACAAUGGACCAUCCUAUGUCAAUGCAGCCAGCGAAUAUGAUGGGCCCCCUGACACAACAGAUGAAUCAUCUUUCGUUGGGCACAACAGGAACGAUUCAGUCCCAAGACAGGAUUAUGAUACUCCACCAGCUGUUGUGUCAGUAUAUGACUGCUGCCGCUCCUAUGCAAGGGACCUACAUUCCCCAGUACACGCCUGUGCCUCCGACAGCUGUUUCUAUUGAAGGUGUUGUUGCUGAUACCUCUCCCCAGACAGUGGCACCUUCAUCCCAGGACACCAGUGGUCAGCAACAACAAAUAGCAGUGGACACGUCCAAUGAACAUGCAUCUGCAUAUCCCUACCCACAGUCUAAACCAUAAACAAGACUGAAGAAUGUCCGUCUGAAACUUUGCCUUGAAUGAAGAAACUUCACCGAACAAGAAGUUGGCUUCCAGUUUGCACAGGCGUCAAUGGAAUGCUUCUUUUUUCUUUUUUUCUUUUUUUUUUCUUAAUUUUCUACUUUACCCAACGAAAACAAAGCAUUUUUAUGUGCUGUGCAAAUGGUUCCUUCAUGUGGUCUGAUAGUUUAUUUUUUGCCAUCAUUUUUUAACUAUAGUAAAAAAAAAUCCCAGAAGAGGAAAACCCAACAAAAACAACACAACAAAACAUGGAAGGUUGACAUGUUAUCUGGAAGAACAUUUGAAGUCAGAAUUUAUAUCUGAAGGUGUAGAUAGAUUUUUUUUUAACGGAAAAUAUGAUGUCAAGAGGUGGGCAAACAAAAAUGGAAACAAAUUGUUUUCCUUGGUAAUUAAGCUACUCUGUUCCCCCCGCCCCCCCCGUCUUGUUUAAAUGUGGGUUGGGUUUUUUUAUUUUAUUUUUUCUUAGAAAUAUUUAGGUAAGGUUUAUCUUGAAUCUUAAUUGCCUUAAUUUUAAGGACGUCAAAAGCUCUCGAGGCAAGCUGUCAACGUCUUGUUAAAAAAAAUCAAGAAAGAAUGGAAAUAUUGUGCCAGCUUUAACUGGUACAGAAGUUUAAGACUAUGAGUUUUUAGGGUGAAAAAAACUGUACAGUUUAAAAGAAAAUGUUUUUCUUCAUUUGAAGAAAAUUUGUUGAUAAAAGAAACCAUGGCAACCACAAGAAUUGGAAAAAUGCUGGGACUUUUCAUGAACUUUGUCUUAAGUGUUGAGUCAUUCUAGAAGGCUAAAACAUUUUAUGGUAAAGUUAUUAAGGUUGGUUUAAAAACAACUGCAUUAGAAAUAAUGCGUGUUUGGGGGGCAGAAUGCAGAUUUUUUUUAAUUUACGAAGCGUGAUUGCUAGCAAAAGCAUUAGUGCUUUUUAUCUGCAGUCUUUUUUAUGAGCUUUACAAAGUUUUUAGUCAGCUUUGCUUGUCACAUUGCAAAACUUAGCUUAAGAGCAUUAAAAAAAAACAAAAAACUUAAGUAGAUAGGAGCUUAUGGUCAAAAGUGCAAAAAAAAACAAAACAAAAAAACCCACAAAAAAACAAAAAAAGCAAUAGAUAGAGAAAUUGUUGACAAUUUCUGUAGUCUUUCCUAGUUGUGAUCAAAUUCAGCCUAUGGAUGGCCUAUUUUAUACCAAAGAUGAAGUGGCACCCUAUUGCAGUCCAGAAGAUAGAAGUUGUUUUUCUUUUCUUUUAAAAAUUUUAUUUGACCUACAUGGCCGGACCAGUUCUUACUUUGUUGUUUGUUUAAACUACCUUCCACUGGUGUUUUACAUACUGCAAAAAAAAAAAAAAAAAAAAAUUUUUUUUUGUUUUGUUUUGUAUAUUUGUUUAUAGUAGAAGCUUGCACCUGCUGUUUUCAGCAGUUUCAGCAUGAAGAGUUCUGGAUACCAACUGAUAGAAAAAAUGGCUUUAAAUUCCAUGAGCUUUUCUGGUUCUUUGCUAGCUCUCUUGAAUAGUGAAACCUAUAUUGACGGCCACCAAUAAGCUAAGACACAUUUUUUAAUAGGUUGAAAUUUCUUUAUGCAAAUUUUGAACUAAAGAUACUUCCUGUACCUGGUCUGAAGGGUCACUUGUCAAAAAAAAGCUUAGUGACAUUCUGUUAAGUGGUGAGUGGUCUCCUGAAAAGGUCUCAUUGUAUUUUAACAGUAGUCUUCCUUCUAAAUUCCAACACCUCUUAAUUUGGUCUUUCACCUCAGUCUUGGUCAUCAUCAACCACGAAUAGUCACCUUGAUUCUGCAGUGGGGAGGGGAUAUCGUCUUUUUUCCUUUUUCAUUGUAUUUUCAAAUCCUGGUGUUGUCAGAAGAAAGACAAAAUAGACCUUUUUAUUUCAGUUAACUCUCUGAGGCAAGUGGGACCAAUAAGGUUGAUGAUUCUAUUACUGGAAUUUAGGUAAGCUUUUUAAAAUGCUAGUUGACAAUCAAGAAAUUGUAUGAUUUAUAUUAAUAAGAACCAAAACAAUUAGGUUUGAUCAAUCAUUAAAGCCAAAGGAGAUAUAUUUGCAUUGAGAAUGAUGCAAAACUUUGUCUAAAAUGAAUUAACAAACAUCGAUGUAACUAACGUCUCUGCAUAUUUGGUUCAUGAAAUCUUUGUUCAACAUGUACAGUUUUACCUGAAACUAAGGACAAUGAAAUGUUGUUAAUUGAAUUGCUUUCUGAAUGAAUCAUUAGAAUCAAAUAAGUGAAACUUUUCACAAACUAUGUCAUAGGAACCUGUCUUAAGUCCAGAAGGAAGAGGGAAAUACAUUAAGUUCCUUGUAAAAGAAAUCAGAGUAGGCUUUUUAAAACUUUAAAAAAAAAUUAAAGAUAAAUCAUAUUCCCAUUAGGUCAGUCUGACUAAUGAGUUUCAGUCAGAAAAAAAGUGUCAAUAUUCCACCAUUUAUGACCUACAAACAAAAGCCUAGAGUUGAAAUAGACCUGGCUCUCUUAUUUGCAAUACCAUGUAUUGGAAACUCAAAUCUAGAGAGUGAUUCCAUAUCUUUGUGGUCAAAUUAGAGGUGAAAAUAUAUCCAAGAAAUUGUAACAUGCUACAGAGAAAUUCCAACUGGUCACACCCAUCCUUAUGGUUUUCCAUGCUUUAAAGAGAAUCCUAAGUUUGUACUUUCCUCUGUUCCACACUUCAGCUUCUCAUGUAGUUUAAGGGUAGCCCUUAAGUUUUAUCUUUGAGAAGCGGGCCCCCAGGUUACAGGGGGUAUAAGCAAACCUGUAUGGGAACUGUGUUUUCUGUUUCUUUCUUUUCCACUCUCUGAACUCUUUGUAUAAAUAAGGAUUAUCCUGGGCAUAAUUCAUUUGAAUAUGAAACCAACAUGCUUUCUUUUAUUUCUGUAAAAAACAAAAACAAAAAAACCUUAAUGUGAUACAAAGAAAGUCUCAUUUACACAAUCAACAAUGAGGCUAAGAGGUAGCUACCAUGUGGCUGAUGAAUGUGCCUAGGUAACUUCCUGUUUCUAGUCAAAACUGCUGUUUUAUUUAUACAUCAGAAACAUUGUUUUCAACUAUAAAAUUUCAGUGAUCUCAAUUUUUUUAAGCCACUUCAGUCAAAAGGAAAUUACCUGUCAUUUUCCGUGUCCAUGUGUGUUUUGUAUUUGGAUGUUUUAUAUCAUGCCAUCCUAUACAAUAUCUCAUUUCAAAUCAAAAAGGAAAAAAAAGGGAAAAAUGGCACAUAUUCCAAUUUGCAUCUGUCAUCUCUUAGCUGAUAUUUUUUUUAAGUUGUGUCAGGGGGAACAAAGCAACAGGUAAGCAGCAUUGCAUUGGAUGCAAAACAAAACAACCCAAAAUACAUGUUCAAUAUAUGUAGACAUCAGAAUCCUAAUUUCAUCAACAAUAUAUAUUAUGGUUAUUUUAUCCCGUAAUCAUUUUUUUUUAGUAUUCUGGUUCACCAGAUUUUCGAGCAUUGAUUCAAAUGUCCAAUUUUUCCUCUCAAUGGUAAUUGCAAAGACUUAGCUUAACCAUUAGGAAAGAAACUAAAAUCAGAAUCCAAAUGGGAUAAACUGUCUCAUCCAAACUCCAGUUACAUGGUCAGUGGAGGAGUGAGUUUUCUUUUAAUAACGAUGAAGUGUUACCAGAGGAGGCAAAGUAUGCAUAGCAGCUCCUUAACGCAUGGCCAUAUCUUCUGAAGAUGUCAUGGACCCUAAGUGAACUAAAUGCAAUACUAGCAGGGGCUGGUGACUGGCCUUGAAUACCAGCAUAUCUCGAAUAUUGCAACCGACAUAAUAUUCUAAAAAAAAAAAAAAUACUCCACCUUACUCCAGCUUGGGCAGGGUGACUUUGUUUCCUUGGUAAAUUUCAAUCAUUCGGGUGUUGUCUCCAUGCUUCACUUGAAUCAAUUCUUCCUGAGCAGCAGCAGGUGGCUCAUGGAGCAGGAAGGUCAUUGUGCCUACAGAAUAGAUCAGCCCCAUGCCAAACUGCUUUAAAGUUAUUUUCAAUUCAUGUAGGACCAAAAAGAACAGUGCUUUAUUUGAAUAAUUACAAAGUCAAUUCUAUAACUAUGCAUCUUUUCCAGUGGCCUAAAAUCCCCAUUAAUGAAAAGUGACAUUUGAUUUAAAUAGGACCUUUGCUUCCGGAAUGAAUCAUUAGAAUCAAAUAAGUGAAACUCUUUUCACGAACUCAGUCAUAGGAAGCUGUCUUAGUCCAGAAGGAAAUCUUUAUGAUUGAGAAGUUUCAAUGUGGUAUCUAGACAGAUUGUAAUGUUAGCAGGAGACCAAAAGUGCAUUUGCCUCUUUAGCCUCAUGCUGAAUCCGAGCACACAGAUAUUGCAGAUGAGCUGAUAAGCAGGAAGAAAUCCUUAAGUGGGUUUCAGUGAUAACCGUUUUCCUAUGACAUAAAAUCAAAUGAAAGGAUAAUAUUUCUGUAUGUGUAUAACAACAUCCUGCACAUUUGAGGAAUCACUUCAAAAUAAAGUUUCAACAUGUCAUGGAGCCUUGAUCUAUAUUGUCUUGUCCACAGUAGAAAGUAAAGGAUGAGAUUUUGGUUUUCAUGUCAUCGGGUUUGGCAUGCUUCAGAAUUUUGAGCUCACUGGGAUUGACAGCCUCUCACCCCGAUCUGAGAGGCUGAUGUAAUUGAAACAGGCACAUUGAUUCUAUAUAUUAUACCCUUCCUGUGGCAGAGGGAUAAUGGGAUUUCAUUAAUGAAUCAAUUUGUUUUACAGAUAACAUCCACGGUGGCAUUGGAAGACAGUUGAGUCUAACUGAAGUUUCAAAAUUUUUACCCAAUAUCUUUAAAUAUAUAAUUCAUCUCUAAUCCAAGUGCUGUUGGUCAUGGCUGUCCUUUGUGAAUUACAUAGAGAUCAGGAAAGCACAGAAGCUAAAUAUAAGUCCCUGAGUGGCCCCAAAGAUCUUUUAUGAUGUAGGGCAGGAAGAUCACCCCAGAUUGCUGAUAUCUUUCAUCUUUGGGUUUAUACCCUAGUACAUAUGCUAAUUGUCACAUACAUACACAAAAAGGAUGGAUGGCUUCUCAAUGUUCAUUUCUUUGUAUUUCUGGGAGGGAAAAUAAUGGUUUAAGAAAUGCUUUUUUUUCCGCUCAGGAAGCUUUAAUGCUGAAGCAGGAGUGAGAUCAAGCUUGGAGACUUCCGGAAGAACUACUAGACCACCGUGUCACACUUUUUUUUUUUUUCCGUUUUAUUCACUCCAGUUAGUAACUGCCCAUGACUGAAUCUUGCAGAAAUACAAUCACUCUCAAUUUUUGAAGGGCUAAUUAUCUACUUUGUGGAUUUGUUUUGUCUUUCCUUUUCAACUAUUAGGACUUGGGGCUCUGUUUCCUUUUAUUACCAUGUCACCCUGAGGGUGGAACAAGAAACAAUGGAAAAUAAAAUUCAAAUCAGUCUAUGUUGCUUCUCAUUAUGUAUUGAUUGAUUGAAGAAGUAUUGAUUUAUUGAAAUCACUUGUAAAAUUAAUGUCAGUGCAUUUUAUACCAUUGAUUUUUAUUAUCCAUCAUGUUCCUUUCCCAUCCACCACAAAUAAUUGAGAGUUGGCUGUAUUCUUGCAGAAUAUAAAGGAAAAAAAAAAAAAA